AUGUCUGACAUUUUCCUGAAACUACAAUCUAUCACCGACAAAAAUAUUGUCAUUCAAAAAGAUGAAAGCGUACCCCGGAAAUACAACUACUGGACAGUACUGCUAGGAAUUACAAUGGGAUUACUGUCAGGUGCAACUCUAGCUAUCUCAGAUGUGUUCGCUCUGUUAUGUGUCAAGAUUGGUUAUUCACCAUCACAGGUUUUACUUGUCAAAUCAUUGAUGAUGAUGGCAAUAACUACCCCGUUGCUUGUCUACAAGAAAAUUAAUAUUCUGAAACUCAAACGGAAAGACACUAUUUUGAACAUUGUGAAAAGUAUUAGUGAGAACGGAGCAGACCUAGCCUUCUACUACGCCAUGGAUGGGAUUGGAAUGGGAGAUGCAAGCUCAAUAGCAGCAGGAACAUUACCAAUUUUUUCACCUGUGUUUGCCAGCAUAUUCAUACAAGAGAAGUUUAGAAACCGAGAUUGCAUUGGUAUUGCCAUUAAUAUUGCUGGUAUCAUAUUAAUAUCACGACCUGAAUUCAUAUUUGGCAGUAACACAUAUUCGUCUUUCCUCGGAUAUGUGUACGCCCUUUUAGCAGGAAUAUGGCUGUCUGUUGGUACUGUUUGCUCUAGAGCAAUGUCUGAUGAUCUUUCUCUGAUAGUUGUUGUAUUCUAUAAUGGGUUAUGUGGUACUAUAAUCACGUUAAUUCUAGUGUAUCCUACAAGUAGUGAUCGGAUAUAUACGUUGAUAUAUGAAUAUCCUAUCACGAUUACAUAUCUAGUAGCAAUGGUAGCAUUGUUUGUUGCUUACCUGUACUCCGUCAACAGAUCUUUGCAGUUACAGAGUGUUAGUAAAACCACAAUUCUAAGGAACAUCAGUAUUUUUGUCAGCUUUGUAGCUGAUAUCAUUGUAUAUCAUAAACAAGUAGUUAUUUUAGAAAUAAUCGGUGCUGUUCUUGUAAUUCUCAGUUCUAUCAUUGCAUUUGUGUUUACAUGCUUUGAAACUAAAGAAGGUGUAAGUGAAGAAACAAAACUUUUUCCGAAACCCAAAUAA